AUGAGCCAGCUUCUCUCCCAACAGCAGGUGGCUGAGGAGGUGCUGGCAGCGGUGCAGACGGCGCAGGCAGCAGAGAGCGACUCGGACAGUGGAAUGGGUUCCCCGCUGGAGGUGGCCGCCGCCGAACAGACCAACGGCAAGGAGAUCGCAGACUCGGAUGACGAUGACGUUGCCGUGAACAGGAAGUCCCGCUGCCGGAAGCCUCUGCGGGACAGCGAUAGCGAGCAAGAGGAGGUGGCAGGGAUGGCCGAGGCCCUCGUCCUGUCAGAAUCCAGCGAGGAGGAGGAGGGUGCGGCAGGGGAUGGGGCGAAGGGCGGCAGUCGUGGGAAGAGGAUCGUCCGUCCCGCUCUGGAUAGCGAAGAAAGUGAGCUGGAGGCGGAGAAGGGCAGAGAGAGGCCGAAAGAAGAGAGGAAGAGGGAGCGGUCUGAGCGCCGCAGGGAGAGGGAGAAGAGGAUGAAGGGUGUGGAUCGAGUGAAGAGAAAGGAGAGACCAGCGGUGACCCCCGUAACCCCUGCCCUCAAUGACAGCGGCUGCCUCCUUGGGGACAGCGAUCUGUUUGACACGGGUCUGGAGGAAGAAGGGGCCGGCCUCGAGGAAGAGGGGGAAGAGUCUCUGGAGGCCAUCAGAGCAGCCGUGAAGCAGAAGGCCAAAAAGCACAGGCCUGUACUGAAUGAAGAUGAGGAGGAGGAGGAGGAGGAAGAGGAGAACAUAGAGAAGCCCAAGCGCAAGGAGAGGAAAGCAGCGGCAGCCAGCAAGGAAGCCAUGAAACAGCUGCACAGUGAGAGUCAGAGGCUGAUCCGGGAGUCCUCUCUAGGUCUGCCCUACCACAUGCCUGAGCCUAAGAGCAUCGACCAGUUCUUCAAGAGGAGAGCAAGACCUGAGGGCCCUGCUAUGGCGCUGCUAAAGUCUUCAAAGUACCAGGACUGUAUUUUAGCAUCAUCCUCUGCUCCUCAAACCGAUGAGAACCAGCCUAAACCAGACCAUCAGUCAGCUGUACCGGACCACUUAUCCUCAGAGGGCAAGCCCGGCGAGGCACACCCGGAGCCUGACACUCCACCCCAGAAUGAAGCAGGCCCGGCACCAACCCAGUCUGUGCAGGAGGAGGGCCCCCUGGGCGUGGACAAGGAGUCAGAACCACCAGGUCCAGAUGCAGAUGGGAGCGAACCCGAACAGAUUGAUGUGACCCAGGAGUCUGGCCCAUCUGAGCAGGACUGUGCAGAUGCCGCUGCACCUACAUGUAAUGAGUCUGGCCUUCCAGAUCAGAGUGAGGCAGCGUCUGAGCCGCUGCCCCAGGAGAGCACAGCUUCAGGGCCAGGGGACUGUGUGCCGCCUGCAGCCCCCUCCCCCUCACGGAGCGGCCCGGCUGCCCCCAAACCCCGGAAGGACCGGCUUGCCCGUCUGCGGGAGCUGGGGCUCGACCCCCCGCCCGUCCCCAAGAUGUGCGCCGACGAGGGCUCCUUCAUCCACCUGGAGCCUCCCCAGUCCAACCCUGCUCUGGAGGCUCUGAAGGAGCGUUUCCUGCGCCACGUGCAGCCUGUGCCCCGGCCCCGAGGAGAGCGCUCCCUGCAGCUCAGUGUUGUGCGUAAGGACAGCGCCCCCUCUGGCCAGGAGGAGCUGCACACCGAUUCAGUCACGGUCACCAUCGCUGAGGGGGAGGAGGAGGCUUCCCACAGCAAGCCAGGUGAGAAGCUGGUGCUGCUGAAGUCCCGUCUGCAGCAGGCCAUGGCACUGCGCAGGCAGGGGGAGCGAGAGCGGAGAGCCGCCCUCCAUCGCCUCGACAACGAGGACUGCGAGGAAGAGGAGGAGGAGGAGGAAGAGAUGACUGAUGAAUCUGAGGGUGAAGAGGAAGAGGGUGUGGACAAGUUGCUGGGAGAGGGUGGGGAUGAGGGUGCGGAAGAGGAAGAGGAAGAUGAAGAAGCUGACGGGAGCGUGGCGGCAGGUCUGAGGAGCCCCUCCCCGCCGGCGCUGAAGGGCCGCUCCCCGCCCCUGGACCUGCUGAACACCGACGGCACCCUGCUGCUGUUCGCCGGCAGCUCCUGCUCCCGCACCGGGGAUGGAGUGAGGAAGCCUGGGGCAGCAGGUCAGGAGUUUGACAGCAAGAUGGAGGAAGACGACUCGCUCACAUUGGCCAAGGACAACAGCCACAACAGCAGCUUCGAGCUGAUUGGCUCCAUGAUCCCGUCCUACCAGCCAUUCGGCCGGGCUGCGGGGAGGGGUGUUUCCGCCAGUGCCUUCCGCUCCCCCUCACCGGGCUUCUACAGGCCCAGCUUCCUGGGCUCUGCCUCCAAGAGCUCAGGGAAGCUGUCGGAGCCCUCGCUCUCCCUCUCCCUCCCUGUGGAGGACUCUCAGGACCUGUACGCGCCCCCCUCGCCCGGUGAAAUGGGGCCCCUGGGUGCGGGCGACUCCCAGGGCCGCUUCUCCCUGGAGGAGGACACCCACUCGCAGCUGCUGGACGCCGACGGCUUCCUGAACGUGGGGCCGCGGGCGGGGCCCCGGCAGUGCCCGCCCCGCUCGCACAAGCGGCAGCUGCUGCUGGACAGCCUGGACGAGAACGCCAUGGACGCCCACAUGGGCGAGCUGCUGGGGCUGUGCUCGGGCGGCUUCGGCAGCGGGCCGGGGGGCGGGGAGGGCGCCCCGCCGGGGGGCACGCAGGAGGGGGCCGUGGGGGAGCUUCUGGGGCUGUGCUCGGGCGCUUUCGGGACGCAGAGCAGCUGCACCCCUCAGGGAGAGGGAGGACAGGGCGUGGCGCUGGGCACGGCGGCUAAGGGACAGUGUGAAGCCAGCUCCGAUGCUGACGUGGACCAGCUCCUCGCGCUCUGCUCUGGAAAGUUCACCAGCCCAGGUGAGUCCUGCUCUAAAUCUGUGUCCAAGUCUGAGUCUGUGAAGGAGAACCAAGAGGAGGAGGAAGAGGAGGAUUCUGAGUUUCACCUCCUGUCAGAUGUGGGGAGUCUGAGCGAACAGGUGAGGGCAGAGCUGUUUGCAGCUGGCAGCGAGGAGGAGGAUGAGGAGGGAGAUGGAGCGAGCGUGGCGGAGGAUGAGGAAGACGAGGAAAGGGAGGCUGUGUUCGGCCGAAAGCGUGGGAAGAAGAUGCACCUGACAGAGUUCGUAGAGUCAGAGGCGGAGCUCUCAGGCAGCGAUCUGGGCAGUGAGGAUGAAGAUGAGGAAGGAGGGAGUGAGUACGAGGAAGAGGAGCUGCAGGAGGAUCUGCCAUCAGAUGAAGAGCUGCAGAACCAGGUCAACAAGAUCCAUAUGAAGCAGAUUCUGGACGAUGACAAACGGCGCCUGCUUCUGUAUCAGGAGCGGUACCUGGCUGACGGAGACCUGCAUUCGGACGGGCCGGGCCGAGCCCGCCGUUUCCGCUGGAAGAACAUCGAUGAUGGCUUUGAGUGGGACAGGGCUGACGGAGAGGGAGAUGAGGAAGAGGAGGAAGAGGAUCUGGACCAGGCAGAGCUCCAGAGGAGGAAGGAGAGGCUGGAGAGGGAGCAGUGGCUCAGAGAGCAGUCAGAGGCCGCAGGCAAGAAGGGUGAAGAAGAUGAGGAUGAGGAGGGGAUCGCAGAGGAGGACAGUCAGUUCAUGAAGCUGGCGAAGAAGCUGACGGCCAAAAAGCUCCAGCAGAGAGACACCCCAGCAGCUCCCCUGCAGGAGAAGAAAGUCCCCUCUCAUAACCCGUUCCAGAGACCAUCACAGCCCGCUGUGGUGAAGAGGGGCUCCCUGCUCAGCCAGCCCCGUGCUGUCCUGCAGAAACUGGCCUCCAUAUCGGAGACAAACCCCUGCGCACCCCGAAACUCCCGCGGCUUCCUCUUUCAGACCCUGUCUCCUGAGAAGGAGGAUGCAGCCAAAGAGCGCCCCAGCCAACAGGUGAAGAGGAGGGGACAGGCGGUGUCCUUGUCUCCUGCUGCUAAGCGGCCGUGUCGCGAGGGUCCUGGGAGACCAGCCGCACCUCAGCGGAGUAUCUUCUGUUACCUGGAGAACUGA